CGUGCAAUUGUGAGCGCAUCAUGUCUUAUCUAAGCCGCGUUGCUUUACGUGGUACGUAUUCGGAUAUGUCCACUAACAUAACAUGUAUGUACCUCAGGGAAGGUGUGAUAGCCAUCAGGGUACCUGAUGUAGGUAGGUUUAAGCCGAGGUCACCGGAUUAGAACCAGCAUCCUUCCUACCAAUAAGAACGUAAAGUUCUGCUUAUCGAGCACGUAAUAUCGUAAAACGCAAUCAGAAACAGGAAAGGAAAAACCCACCUUCUCAACACAGUCAAGUUGCCGAUAGCUGUUGCUCCUCUUGUUCCUCUUGUUCCUUUUAUUCCUUCUUUGGAUCUUCUUGGUGAGGCAGCUUAAUAUCCUUGCCCUAUUUAUGCUGUACAAUUCUCGUAGACGCUGUAAUUAUCGUCAACUACCAUCAUGGGUGCGCAACAGUCUAAGAGUUCGCCCGAUGUCAUGGCAGCGGUCGCACAUGAACAAGCCAUCUUAGAACGUCUUCAGAAAUUUAGAUCAGAGGACGACUUCGUCUAUGUUGAAAACGAGAAGGGGCCGCUUUUCAACGGCGCUAUAUCAGGUAGACAGUCGGAAAAGCUGGCUAUUGAGCUCACCCAGAAUUGGCAGUCUAGGGUACUGGCAGAUCCUAAGAACAGAUUAGCUCUCUCGGCCUUCAGCUCUGCCAACCCACGAGAUGUUCUGGCUUCUCGUGCGACUAAGAUCGCAGACCAGCAGGUGUUCAAUAUUCGCAUACCGUUUGAAGGCGCGCCUAUCACAAACCAGCGAUCUUCGGGACGAUGUUGGCUCUUUGCUAGUACUAAUGUAUUCAGGAUUGCUAUUAUGAAGAAGUACAACCUAGAUUCAUUUGAGCUGUCGCAAGCUUACCUCUUUUUCUGGGACAAGCUCGAGAAAUCUAACUUCUUCCUUGAAAACAUCAUCGAGACUGCUGAUCAACCCUUAGACGGGAGGCUAGUUCAGAGGUUGUUCGCUGACCCCAUAAGCGAUGGUGGCCAAUGGGAUAUGGUUUACAACCUGGUUGAAAAGUAUGGUCUUGUACCCCAGACCUUAUACCCAGAUAGCUGGAAUGCUAUGUCGAGCAGCACCGUCAACUCUAUCGUCGUCGCUAAGCUACGCGAAUAUGCUGUUAUCCUGCGUGAUUUAGUCAACAGCUCGGCCACAACUGCCGCGAGCCUAUCCGCUACCAAAGAUAAGAUGCUGCGAGAAGUCCAUCUGAUCCUGACGUUGACUCUUGGACCUCCACCUAGCACGACUGAGGAGUUCGAAUGGAAUUUCAUUGACAAGGAAGGGAGAGCGCGAUCCGUGAUUUCGACGCCACACAAAUUCGCUAACGACAUCUCGUCUCAGGAUUUCCGCAUUACUAGCUCUACCAUCGCUAGCAUGGUUUCUCUGGUUCACGACCCCAGGCAUGAACCUCUGAACCUGAUGACUGUCGACCGUCUAGGCAACAUCGUGGGUGGUAGAGGAAUCACGUACAUCAACGUCGACAUUGAAACCCUGAAGCAAGCUUGCAUAUCCAUGCUGCGUGCCGGUCUUCCCGUGUUCUUCGGGUCCGAUGUAGGCAAGUACAGCGAGCGGGGUAGCGGCAUUAUGGAUAUAGAUCUCUUCGAUUAUGAACUUGGCUUCAAUGUUAGCCUCUACGGAAGCCUGGACAAAGCCGCUCGUCUACGCGUCGGCGAGUCAGCGAUGACCCACGCCAUGGUGCUGACGGCGGUCCAUGUCGACGGCGACGGCAGGCCCGUCCGCUGGAAGGUACAGAAUAGCUGGGGCACGGAUGUCGGGUCCAAGGGCUGGUUCGUGAUGAGCGACCGCUGGAUGGAUCAGUUCGUAUACCAGGCCGUGGUCGAUCCGAAGUUCCUCUCCAGGAAGGUUAGAGAUGUACUAACUAAGGAGCCGAUUGUGCUGCCUUUAUGGGAUCCUAUGGGCAGUUUGGCUUAAGUGAAAUAUUGAAGAAGGAAAUUGAAAUUUAGUCACAGAUGACGAUCAUGAUAAUGGCAACAUGCACGGAUGCUUUGAUCUACUAUCAGCAAUGGAUUCAAGCUCAUAAUGAGUAACUCAUGGGCACUUGGGAUAUUACAGUUGAUGGCUUUCGCAGGAUUAUGUUUUACAGCAACUUUAGCUCUAACCUAGGUUAUUUCCAAUUCACAUGCCGCCAUUCACUCUAUAUACCGUAUAACCGAGUUUCUUUAGGCGGCGAAUACAGGCUAAUGUACCUGAUUGCUACGUUCGUUCCAUCUCGACAGACAAAUUCUACGUAGCCG